UCCGUACCACACCGCGUAGAUAGUACCGCACAUGCAACCCGUGCUUGUCUGCCUCUACAUCCGCGAUGAUGAAGAAUAGUAACACGAGACAGUAGAGCUGACAAAACUAUUCGUAGGGUACCGACCACUCGACGAAUAUUCGAACAUGCCCUGGAUGCCUGGAUGACUCGCCGUCAUGGCCUCGGCCUUUGACUGUGAAAUUGAUAAACCAAGGUUGGCCAUUUCUCCAUUCUUUUUCUUCUACGGAUACGCUACAAGUUGUUGCGAAUUGAAGGUCCCCUCUUGUGGUGGCGAAGCUUCCUUGGCAAAGUGGAGAAACGAAAUGGUCGUACCCUCGAGGGGGAGAAAAGACGGAGGGAAAAAUAAAUGUUUACGGCGAUGGAAGAAACGGCCCCACGGUCUUCCAUUUUGGGAAAUCAGAAUCGUAGCUCCCGCCGAGUGGAGAUUUCCCCGGCCAUUGGCUCACCACUUUUUUCCAUACUUUGCUGUGGGUUUCUCACGUUCUUCUCCGUAUUGUUGGCCUUGUGGCCUCAGAACGAAAAAGCUUGACCGUCGCAGACGGGGGCCUCCCAAUCGAGCUCCAGUUUUGCGUUCCCUGGAACAGGACAGUGCGACGGUCGCCGGGUUCGCUCCCGUUGCGCGUAUCCGUUCGUUUGGGUCUUCCCAACUUGCCGUCGCUGUUUUCUCCUCGGCCUGGCCGCCAUCGAACCACACGACUGUGCACGACGCAUCAGGUAUCCAUCGAGAGGCUCCGAACGGCGUCAAAUAUCACUGCAGAUGUGCAGACGCGAAUUACCUCACCUACGCUGUAGACGGCUGACUAGGGCUGACAUGCAAUUUGCAGCCCAACAGGCAGCGAGAUUCCUUUGAGAGCUCGGAUAACUGGUCGUAGGCUCGUAGCUGCAGCCUCAAGCCCCUGCAUCAUGAUCGGCCCCCCGUCCGAGCUUUUUUCGCUCCCGUUUCGACGCUAGACUUCACUCAAAGAAGUUUUGGUCGUCAUGACCGCUUUGCCCAAUGAGUCGA